UUUUUCUCCCCCCCCCCCUCUCGAGAUCGUGUGAAGAAAAAGUGAGCAAAGUUCCCUAGGUGGCACCACACAGCUGCUUUCCCUCCCCUAUGACUCGCGGUGUCAACAAUGACGUUUGCCCGUUCGCCCGCAAUAAUUUGCAAAACGGUAACCUCCGCGGGUCUCGUCGCGCGUGCAUGAAGUCGCGGGGCGCAAGGGAGUCCCCGGUGGAGAUUGACGCGCUCUGGGACCCGAGAAGAGGACGAGGCGCUCCUUGGAAUCGAGUCAGUCCGUUUAAUUAUGAUAGCCAUGGAGCUGUUGUUUAGGAUGCAAGUCAAUUCCGAGAUGGUCAUGCCGAUCGCGCUGAGCGGCGUGAAUCUCAAGACGAAGGUGGGGACGUUGAAGCAGGAGGCCGCCGAGAGAUGGAAUCUGCCCAAGGAUUCGAUUGAAUUCAUUUACUGCGGGCUUAUUCUUGAGGAUGACGCAACGGUGGAGUCCGUUGGGCUGAAAAAUGGGUCCAUGGUGCACGCGCUACAGAAGAAAGAGCCAGAGUCGACGGCAUUGAAUAAACACAUUUCGGAAGACUGCAUAGUACAACUGGCAUCGGCGUUUAAGUCUUUCAACGAGACACCUGCGUUUAGAAGCGCUCUGCAUCGUUUAAGCAAACGGCCGGAGAUGAUAGACAACAUUAUUUCUUCUUCUCCUGGAUUGCACGAGGACGCAGUCGCCAUUGCCAUGUUGCAGGAUACCGAUUUAAUGUCGCACUUCACGGACGUCGAGACCGUCAGAAGAAUUGCAAAGCUGCAUCCGGUGUUAAUCGAGGCGGCGCAGAAUAUCGCGGCGGCUGUGCACGAGGAGGCGCACAAUAUAGCAUCCAGCGGCUCCUCGAGCAGUUCAGUGGCGAGUUUGCAGCCCACCACCGGGCGCUCCUACAGCAUGGACAGCAUGAGCCUCGAGGAGGAAAUGGCGCGCGACAUUGCGCACUUUUUCGCUACGCAGCCUGUCAACGAUAGCAAUCUGCGCUUUCCUAACGCGUCGCCAGCCGCGAACCAGCAGCGACCGGACAAUCCGCCGUCCUCCACGUCCGACGGUGCCAGUCAACCCGCGGAGAAUCCGAGCACCGGCGUCAUCACGUCGCAGAUGUUCAUGGAAGCUAUGAGGCAAGCCGCCCUGGCGACCAACUCGAACUCGCAGCAGCCGGCCACGUCGCCGGCGACCUCCUUGUCGCCGGUGCUACCGCUCUUUUCGCCGCCGAUCAACGAUCUGCAGCGGCAGUUGGCGCAGAUGCACGAGAUGGGCCUGCAGGACGACACGGUAAAUAUCCAGGCGCUGCAGUUUACCAACGGCGACGUGCAGGCAGCCAUCGAACUCGUGUUUAGUGGUUUCUAUGAUAAUUAAUGGACAGGAACGACCAGACAAGGUAAUACAAGUGCGGUUUACAGUUUGUACAAAAGGUGUCGCAGAAAAGAACAGUGUUUUCCAGAUGAAUCAGCCUGCGCGUCCACGGCGCACGUUCUCCAUUUGUAACAUAAGUUGACGCUGAGUCAUAGAGAAUGUGUUCAAGAUGUUUGUGAAAUUUACUACUCGAAGAAGACUGUUUUAUACCAAUUGUUUUUUAAGGUACAUUGUUCACCGAGACUACCUAGCGAGACCUGUGAACUUUUAUCUUUCGAGAACUCUAUAAAGACUAUUAUUCUAAUUUCCGGGAGUGCGGUAGGAUUCGAUGUACUUUGUUAUUACCACUGACGCAGAAAAUAUAUCAAGGGAAUAGUUACUGUGUACAUUAAGAAACUUCUGUUCAAUGAAAGGCUCUACCUCUGCCGAGCGAUGUUACGCAGGACUUUUUGUAUUUCCGACAAUUUUGCAUAUUGCUCAAGCGAAAUUGACUCUGACUUCUUCCACAUGACGUUGUAAGACGAACCAAGGCAUCCGGACAUAUCACACGUGCUGUAGUUAUCUUCAAAUUCUAAUCAUUAUUGAUACAUGAUUUAUACAACUGUUAUCUCAGUUUUUUUUCAAGCGCCUGUGUAUAGAUGACCGAUUUCACACAGCAUAAUAAAUUAUGCAAAGUCAUCAGGGAUUCAAUCAAAGUUUAACAUGCGUGAAUAAAAAAAUCAAUGUAAAUAUACAUGUACAUGUACAUAUAUGGACUUUGCUAAGA